AUGUCGAAACAUGAAUGGCUCCCCAACGACAAGAUCCAUGUACUUCGCAUCACACAAUUUUACAACAACGGGCACAAAGCAGAGGAUGGCGAGCGGGCGAGCAGCAGCAAGCAGUCUCCCCGAGUGGUUUGCCUCCCCGCCGUCGUUGCGCUGCCUCGCUUCGCUGGUGCCAGGCGUGCGUGCGGCGUGCCGGGGCAGGGCAAGGAGAGAAGCAGUGCCGCCGGCCGGUUCUUCGCCGCGCCGGCGCGGAGGGGCAGCGUGAGGAACGAGCUGUACAGCCGCAUCGGCCCCCACCGCCACCCCCACCCCGACAUCCUCCCCUUCGACAUCGUCAUGUGCGUCCGAGCGGGCCGCUACGGGCGUUUGAUCCCGCUCGUCGUCAACCUGCCCCACGGACGCAACGGCGAGACCCUCCAGAUUGUCCUGUGCCUGUCCAGGACCCCUGCCUAUGGUAGGCUGCGAUACCCGGAUGUCCACGCAGAGUAGAGAAAGAACGGAGCAGGAGUCCUGACAGUUCAACUCCUCAGAAUUUUGGCCGCCUCGGACACAAUGACAGCAGAACUAGACGCCUACUUUUACAUAUAGAUUGAUAUAGGUCGAGAAAACUUAUCAGCUCUUGUGUUUCUUCUGCUAGCUAAAACUUGCACUGUUUUGAGUGUUACUCGCGGUUCUAUGAUUCAGAACUGCUGGGAUCGUUGCCUCCAACUGUUCGAGUGUUGCUCUUCUGGCAUUCAUCUCUGUGGUGCUUCCUGGAUGAAGCAUUUACCUGUAGGGGUUCUUGCUAUGGGUUGAUGAUCUUCCAUUUCUUUUCUGGAUGAUGAUGCACUUCGUAUAAAUGAAAAGGCAGUGGUUCUUGCCAGUAAUGUUGUGAGCUGCUGAUAGUGCUUCUAGUUGUGUUGUUUUGAGAGUAGGAAAAUGAAUUUGUAACGUAUGAACAAAAUU